UCCUUUUAUGCGCUCUCCAUCGAUCGCCCACUCCGCAUAAAUCGAUCCUAUGGGACCACCUCCUCCUCUUCCUCCUCCUCCUCCUCCUUCUAGCAUCUUCUAGAAGCUUCGGAUCGAAGAGGAUCGAUUCCCAUGGCGUGGGAGCUCAUCCUGUGGAUCCUCUCCUUCGUCUCUGUCAUCUCCCUCAUCGCCAUGACCGCGUAUCAGCUUAUUUGCUUAUCAGAUUUGGAGUUCGACUACAUCAACCCAUAUGAUUCAUCAUCUCGUAUCAAUUCCGUUGUCAUUCCAGAAUACAUCGUUCAAGGACUCCUAUGCACUUCUUUUCUCCUAACGUGGCAUUGGUUUCCCUUCCUAAUAACUGCGCCUGUUACAUACUACCAUGUGAAACUGUUUAUGAACAAGAAGCAUCUUAUAGAUGUUACCGAGAUUUUCCGGCAACUUAAUGGGGAGAAGAAGCAAAGGUUGAUCAAGCUCGGUUUCUACUUGAGCUUAUUUGUGAUAGUGAUUUACAGGCUUGUGAUAACGGCCGUUGCCCUACUUCUGGAGGAAGAUAUGAAUCUUUUGGACUCUGGAACUCUAUAGAGCACGUCAACUAAGAUUCUAAGCACCUAAAGACCUUGUGAUGCGUAGCUGCCGAUCGUGCUUGAUAAGUUUCUGUCGAGGGUCCCGACUAUCGCGUAGCCACUUCAUGUGCUUGCGCAAGCUGUUUCGUACACUAUAAUGGGACAAAUUGAUUUGGUGAUAGCCACUUCCAUGAACCUCCUUUUAUGUCGCUCUUCAUUUGGAAUCUAUUCUUUCUGUUUCUCUUUUACUAGAGAUGGUGAGUGCUUUGGGACAUUUGGAAGGUUGUUGAUGUCUGACCAAACAUGCUAUCACGUUUGCUUUUGAUUAGAAUUAGGAAAGCUGAAUUGACAAAAAGAAAGAUUGGUGGAGAUGCUGCAUAGGGACUUUGGUUUGUAUAAUCUGGUAUUGAAAAAAGCCAUAGUUAAUCAAUUCGACUUUGUUAUUUCUUGUGAUUUCA